CCUUGAUGGGGAGGAAUUGUACCAGAAACUGUACAUGUGUCUCUUCAGGUGUACUCAAGUGUACAGAAGUAGCGUGCGAGGAGGGACUCGUCUGUAGUAACCUAAACGGGACAAUGGGCUGUAUCAAAAAAAAUCAAGUCCCCUCCUGUAGCCUAAUUACAUGUGGACAGAAUAGCACUUGUGAAGUCCUUAAUAAUCAGCCAACUUGCAUCCCUAAUUUUAAAACCUGCUGGGUACAAGAAGGCAGCCAGUACCACACAUUUGAUGGACACACUUUUAACUUUAAAGGGAACUGUACCUAUACCCUGCUAAAGAACUGCAUUUCUCAAAGUGGCAUUUCGGGCUUUUCAAUUUAUAUCCAGAAUGAGCAUGAUGAACGAGUGACUCAAGCCUUUCUAAAAGAAGUUACUUUGGAAAUAACAGAUUAUAAUAUAACCAUUGCCAGGCAUCAAAUAGACUAUGUAAUGGUGAAUAGUGUAAAGGUCAUCCCACCCUUUUCAUUUCAUGAAGGAAAGGUGAAGGUCUACUACAGUGGUACAUCUGUGAUGAUCGAAUUGGAAUUUGGCCUUCAGAUGAUCUAUAACUGGGAGCAGUAUCUCAUGAUCCAGCUUCCAAAAUCCUUUGCCACAACAGUCUGUGGAAUGUGUGGCAAUAAUAAUGGUAACCCCAAUGAUGAUUUUGUAACACCAGAUGGCACUUGGGUUCUGAAUGAGAAUGCCUUCGGCUGGAGCUGGAAGGUGGACAAUAAAGAAGACUUUUGUCAAGUUGACUGCAACGGGACCUGUCCAAAAUGUGAUGGCCAGAUAUUUGAGAAGAGUGACUCAUGCGGUCUGCUGAGCCUUAUUGAUGGCCCUUUUGCAGCUUGUCACCCUCUUGUUGAUCCAACUGUGUAUCAAGAAAGAUGUGUGGAGAGCAUGUGCCUCAAUAAUGGCAACCAGUCUUUCCUAUGCCAAGCAUUGCAGGCUUAUUCUGACACCUGUCAGAGAAGUGGCAACAAAGUGCAAGACUGGAGAAAGAGGACUGAAUGUAUUCUUUCAUGUCCUGAGAAUAGCCACUAUGAACUUUGUGGAUCAGCAUGCCAAGGAACCUGCAGUAACCAUUCUAUAUCAUCACUUUGUCAGUCCCCCUGUGUUGAGGUGUGUCAGUGUAAUGUUGGAUUCUUCAAAAGUGGUGGCCAAUGUCUUACAGCACAAGACUGCGGAUGUACCUACCAAGGCUUUUAUUACCCACUUAAUGAAGUGUUUUGGGCUGACAAGAACUGUACUCAGCAAUGUAUGUGUGAUCCUGCUACAAAGCUGAUUACCUGUCAGCAAAUGACUUGCAAAUCGACUGAAUCUUGCCAAGUUGUUGAUGGGAUACAAGGUUGCUAUCCUCUGAACUUCAAAACGUGUUCAGUUGAAGGGGAUCCACACUACAUGACAUUUGAUGGGCUUAGAUAUGACUUCCAGGGCACUUGCAUGUACCAGCUAGCAGCACUGUGUUCCAAUGUUUCUAGUCUGGCUCAGUUUGAAGUGCAAGUACAGAAUGAGAAUCGCGGCACUAGUGCAAGUUCAUACUCUCGCAUGAUUCAGAUUAAAGCCUAUGGCAGGUCGAUAGAGAUUGGCAAAAGGAAUGUUGGCAAAGUCCUGGUUGAUGGAAUGUGGACUAAUCUCCCUUAUUCUUGGAGUAAUGGAAAGUUAGUUGCUUACCGCGUUGGACUAAUUGCAUCUAUACAAACUGACUUUGGACUCACUCUAACCUUUGACUGGAACAGCAGAGUUACAAUCGUACUUCCAGACACAUACUUGGGUACUGUUUGUGGCUUGUGUGGAAAUUUCAACGGUGAUAGCAGUGAUGAUUUAGUGAAUAGGAAUGGCAAGCCAGCCACAGAUCUGAAUUAUUUUGGAGCAAGCUGGCAAACGGGAGGCAGGCCAGGAUGCCAGAAUCAGUGCCUGGGUAAUUGCCCAAAAUGUAAUGAGCAGCAAAAGCAAAUGUACAGUGGAAAUGACUUUUGUGGUAAACUCUUGGACCUCAGUGGACCCUUCAGAGACUGCCAGGGUAAAAUUGACCCUAAGAGUUACUUUGAGAAUUGCAUUCAUGAUGUUUGUCUCUACAAUGGUCUGCGGUUUGUCUUCUGCAAUUCCAUUUCCAGCUAUGUGCAAUCAUGUCAGGAUGUAGGAGCCAAUAUGUACUCCUGGAGGUCCAAGAGUUUUUGUGAUGUAAGUUGUCCUGCCAAUAGCACUUAUGAUCUGUGCGCACCCUCCUUCCCUCCGUCUUGUGUUAGACUGCCUUUACUCUUGGAUGCUCGUUGUCGGGAAGAUUGCCAGUGUCUCCCUGGCUUUGUUCAAAGUGGAAUGGAAUGUGUUCUAACAUCCGAGUGUGGCUGUUUCUAUGAUGGAAAUUACUACCAAGCUGGGGACACAUUUAUUACCAAUCCACAUUGCCAACUGAAGUGUGUGUGUGGGUCCAACAGUCUAGUUUCAUGCCAUCCCUUUUCUUGUGUUGAUGGUCAGAUGUGCAAAAUUGUGAAUGGUAUCCUUGGGUGUUAUCCAGCAGAAAGCAACGGGAAAUGCUCGGUUUCAGGAGAUGCUCACUACUUAACGUUUGAUGGGCAAGCAUUUGAUUUUCAAGGUACUUGCAUAUAUAUUUUGGCUGCUUUCCUACCUAAUGAGACCGCUGAAGAAAGCAUCGCACCAUUCUCUGUGCUUGUGCAAAAUGUUGAGAUGGAUAAAAGUGAUGUGUCAGUUGUACGGCAAGUGGAGCUACAGAUCUACAGUAGCAGUUUUAUUUUGACCCAAGGGGAAAUUGGCAUUAUUAAGAUGGAUGGAGUAUACUGGAAUCUUCCUGUUAAGCUCCCAGAUAUUCAUGUGAUACAAAAAGGUGUAAUGGUCCUUUUGCAAACUAAAGCUGGAGUAAACCUGAUGUACGACCUGCAGUACUACAUAUUGAUAUCUGUAUCGGCAGAAUACUACAACCAAACAUUUGGGCUGUGCGGUAACUUUAAUGGAAACCCUGCUGAUGAUCUCCAGCUUUCAAAUGGUUCUAUGACCACAGAUACUCAGACUCUGGGCACUUCUUGGAAGGUCACGGAUUCUGAAUCCAACUGCACAGAUGGUUGUGGAAAUGACUGCCCUCGCUGUAACGUGAAUGGGGCAGUAGUCUUUGGGUCAACAAGCUACUGUGGAUUGAUCACAGCCUCAUCUGGGCCAUUCAGCGCCUGUUUCUCUUUAGUCGAUCCCUUACCAUUCUUUAAUGAUUGCGUUUAUGAUAUGUGUCUUUCGGACUGGAGGAUGGAGCAACUGUGUCACAGCCUACAGGCUUAUACUGCUGCUUGCCAGGAGGCUGGAGGAGAGGUUCAGCUUUGGAGAAAUGAAACAUUUUGUAAUAUGUCCUGUCCUACCAACUCUCAGUACAAACUGUGUACAGAUACCUGUGCGAUCUCCUGUGGGGCAGUUUUGGAGGAGCUAUCUUGUCCUCAGAAAUGUGUGGAGGGUUGCGAAUGCAAUGUAGGAUUCCAAGCUGAUGGUGAUCAUUGUGUUCCAGUAGACUCUUGUGGCUGCCUAAGUAAUGGCCGGUAUUAUAAGAAAGGAGAGAGUGUUUUGGAAAAUAAUUGCACCAGGAACUGCACAUGUCUGUCUCUGGGCAUGUUGCAAUGUACUGAAGCAUCUUGUGAAAAUGAAUUAGUCUGUGCCACUAUUAAUGCUGUGAUGGGCUGCUACUCAAAAGAUAAUGUUACUACUUCAUGCGCCCAGUUAAAUUGCAGCCAACAUGCAAAAUGCGAAGUUCAUAAUAAUCGAACAACCUGUAUUCCAGAUGCCAAUAUCUGCUGGGUAUUAGGGGGUACUCAGUAUCACACAUUUGAUGGGCAGGAUUUCACCUUUCAAGGGAAUUGUACAUAUGAACUGGUGCACAACUGUGUUUCACAAAGUAAUGCCUCUGAGUUUUCUGUUCAAAUACAAAUUAAGCAUGAUAAAAAUUCUUCUCAACCCUACAUGGAAAUGAUCAGCUUUGUGAUCCAGGACACAAACAUUACAAUUAUUCAUAAAUAUGUGGAAGCUGUAAUGGUAAAUGAUAUCAAAUUCAUCCCUCCUUUUUCUUUACAAGAUGGAAGCGUAAAGGUGUACUUUAGUGGAAUAUCUAUAGUCCUAGAAAUGAAUUCUGGUCUAAUGGUAAUCUAUAACUGGGAACAGUAUCUUAAGGUCAAAAUUCCCAAAUCAUUUCCUGAAGAUGUGUGUGGGAUGUGUGGCAAUAACAACAAUGACUCUAGUGACGACUUUUUGACCUCCAAUGGCACGAAAGCUUCCAGCGCAAAGGCUUUUGGCUGGAGCUGGAAAGUUGACAACGGUGAAGCCUUUUGUCGGGCAGACUGCAGUGGUCUCUGUCCUCAAUGUGAAGAGCGAAGUGGCCAAAUCUAUGAGACGACUAACUUGUGUGGCGUACUAACCAAAACAAAUGGCCCAUUUGCUCCUUGCCAUCCUGUGAUUGAUCCCAGUGUGUAUCAGAAGACUUGUGUGAACAGUAUGUGCGUAAAUAAUGGCACCCAGUCUUUCCUCUGUCAGACACUGAAAGCUUAUUCAGACAGCUGCCAGAGAAGUGGGAUCCGAGUUCAAGAAUGGAGAAACAUGACCGGAUGCUCACUCCUUUGCUCCAGGAAUAGUCACUAUAACAUUUGUGACUCACCGUGCACAACAACAUGUAGUGAUGCUCCCACUGAAUCUCCAUGUCUGUCUCCUUGUGUUGAAAACUGUCAAUGUAACGAUGGGUUUCUAAGAAGUGGAAAUCAGUGUGUCCCACCCCAAAACUGUGGCUGUAUUUAUCAAGGUUUCUACUACCCACUUAAAAUGAAAUUUUGGACUGAAAACUGUGAACAGCAAUGCACCUGUGAUCCUGCAUCCAAGGAAGUAUCUUGUAAGCCUGGUUCUUGCAAAUUUGGCGAGUCUUGUCAGGCUGUUGGUGGUAUAUUGGGCUGUUAUCUACGGACCAUCAAAUCUUGUUUAGCAGAAGGGGAUCCACACUAUACUACUUUUGAUGGUAGGAAGUUCGACUUCCAAGGCACUUGUGUGUACCUGCUGACAGGUCUGUGUUCUAAAGAUUCCAAUCUCACCGCCUUUGAGGUGCACGUGCAGAAUGAAAACAGGGAUAGUAAUGUGGCUUCAUAUGCCAGAAUGAUCUGGGUGAAUGUUUAUGGAAUAUCUGUGCUGAUCAGCAAAGAUUUCAAAGGCAAGAUCAAGGUCAAUAAUCUUCUGGUCAACCUUCCUUAUUUCUGGAAUAAUAAAACGGUCCAGUUAUAUAAAACAGGACUAAUUAUAACUGUAACAACAGACUUUGGCCUCAGAUUAACAUUUGACUGGAGUAUGCGUGUAACUGUGUCUGUGCCCAGUGCAUAUGCUGGCUUGCUUUGUGGCCUUUGUGGAAACUACAACGAUGAUCGUACUGAUGACGCAUCAAGCCCAGAUACAUUUGGUGGAAGCUGGAAGAUUAGACAGGUUCCUGGAUGUGCUGAUGAAUGUACUGGUAAUUGCCAUAAAUGUGAUGAAAAUGAGAAGCAGGCCUACACAGGUGCAAACUUUUGUGGCAAACUCCUUGAUGCAAACGGGCCAUUCAGAGACUGCAAAAACAUUAUAGACCCCCGCAGUUUCUUUUUAAACUGCGUAUAUGAUGUUUGUAUCUAUAAAGGCUUGAUUUCAGUAUUGUGCCAAUCUAUCUCCAACUAUGUAGGUGCUUGUCAAGAAGCAGGAGCCACUAUUUAUCCAUGGAGGUCCUCUGCUUUUUGUGAUUGGCCUUGUUCUAUGAACAGCACUUAUGAGCUCUGCUCUUCUCGAUUCCUCCACAAUUGUGUUGACUUCCCAGCUGUUGAAACAACUAAAUGCAGAGAAGACUGUGAAUGUCAAAAAGAUUUUGUCAUCAGUGGCACAUCCUGCAUUCCAGCCUUCAGAUGUGGUUGUCUUUAUAAUGGCACAUACUACCAAGUGGGAGAUAAUUUCUUCAAUGAUACGUUGUGCAAGUGGCAUUGCAGCUGUCAGGUGGGAGGUGCAGUGCAUUGUAAGGCUUUCUCCUGUAGACCAGAGGAAGAAUGCCGGGUAGAAGAUGGAGAACGCAAGUGUUUCUCUGCCAUGCCUCCAGGAACAUGUUCUGCCAUUGGAAAUUCACAUUUCCAUUCGUUUGAUGGAUUAUCCUUUAGAUUUCAGGGUACCUGUGCUUAUACAUUCACAAAGACCUGUUUUACCAUGGGUGCUGUUGUCAGCUUGACAAACUUUUCUCUAAUCCUUAUGAAUAAACUAGUUGAAAAUGGAACUUCCGCUGUCAAAGAAUUAAUUUUAGAGAUCUACGAUAUAAAUUUGAGCUUACUGCAGAACAUGAAUAAGGUUAAGGUUAAUGGAGUGUUGGAGAACAUCCCUUUUAAUCAACAGGACAUUUGGGUGUACCGCAGAGGGAUUUUUGUCAUUAUACAAGCUGAUGCUGGUCUGAGCAUUUCUUAUGAUUUGGAAUCCUAUAUACAGGUCAGAGUAAGCCAAAACUACAGCAACUACAUGUGUGGACUUUGUGGAAACUUCAAUCUAAAUUCAUCUGAUGACUUUAAACUUCCUAAUGGCAGUAAAACCACUGAUGCACAGGUUUUUGGUACAUCCUGGAAGAUGGAACCCACGUCUGCUAAGAAUUGCACAGAUGAUUGUGGCAAAGACUGUUUUCCUUGUAGCUUAAAUGAAGAUGACCUGUCCAGCUCCACAGGUGCUUGCAGACUGAUUACUGAACCAUAUGGCCCAUUUAAUGCUUGCAUCCCCCUCAUUGAUCCCACAGGGUUCUUUAACAAUUGUGUGUCAGAGUUGUGUAGGACUAGUGGAGCCAACGCUUCGCUGUGCAACAGCUUACAAGCUUACACUGCUGCUUGCCAGUUGUCUGGUGUGCCAAUUGGGGUUUGGAGGAAUGCGAGCUUUUGUCCUAUGACUUGCUCUUCUUCUAGCCACUAUGAACUUUGUGUUGACACUUGCUCAUUGGUAUGUGAUGAGAUUGCUGAAGCUCUUAGGUGCCCGGGGAAAUGCCAGGAAGGUUGUCAGUGCAAUGACGGAUAUGUUUUUAAUGGUGAUGACUGCGUUGGCGUGGAUGAAUGUAGCUGCUUUGACAAAGGAAGGACCUACAAGACUAAUGAAAAGCAGUACCAGGAAAACUGUACUCAGAAGUGCUGGUGCAAUACAACAGGUGGCCUUUCCUGUGAGGAUGUGUCCUGCGGGCCUUCAACAUAUUGCUCCAUUGAAGAUGGAAAAAGAGGUUGUUACAUCAAUGAAGGAACGUGCUUAUUGGAUUCAGGCUCUCUCUCUACUUUUGAUGGCAUUUCAAUAAGUGUUGAAAAUGGAACACCUUAUGACUUGGUCACCGUUUGUGACCAUUCAUCCAAAAAAUGGUUCAGGAUAAUUAUUAAUUUUGGAAAUUGUAAUUCAAUGCAACCGCUGAAUUCUGCACUCUACGUCUUCCUACCAAACUCAUUAAUUGUCCUUAAAAAUCAAAGUGCUUGGGUUAAUGGACAACAGUCCGCUUUACCACAGAGCUUCCCCCUCGAUAUUUCCAUAUACAAGGUGUCUGAUGGUCUUAUGGUUUCCUGGGCUUCUGACCUUAAAAUUCAUUUUAGAACCGAUGGGGUUGUUUUAGUAAAAGUUAAAUCUGUAUUUUCUGGAAAACUGUGUGGUGCUUGUGGCAACUUUAAUGGAAAUCCUUUAGAUGACACCCAAACCAAUGGAACAGUAUCAAUUUGGAGUGCUCAAGAUUUCUCUUUUUGCCAUGUUUGAGCAUGUGACGCCACUGAAGACACACUGGUUUUAAAAGCAAAUUUGUCAUUAUGAAUGUUUUCUCACUCCCUGUCUCUAUAAUUGAGUUGAAUGAAAUUUAAGCAGAUAUUUAACACUUUUUACUAAUAAUUCAAUUUUGUAAGACUUUUGGUGGAUACGUUAAUGGGUAAAACUCCCUUGUCAGAUACAGUUUACUUCCUGCUGCCUCAUAAAAGAAGUAUUUUGCUUAAAAUUCCAAAAGCACUGCAGUUUGUUUCAGCACUAAUGGGUUACUGAGACUGCAUUGAACGGGGGCAGAUUUAUAUUUAAAUGGAACAAUAUUCUUCAAGCCCACUAGAUGGCAGUGUAGUGCUACUGUAAUAAACCACCUGGCUUGCAUGGCAAUUUACUAUUUGUUACCUGUAAACUCACUGCAAAGUGUUUUUAAAUGAUACGACGAUGUAAGUAUUCUACUUUGUACAAAAGACUUCCUAUAAAGAUACUAAUUUUUGACGAACAGACGUAUUUCAUAGUUAUUUGUAUAAACCUAAUUUACUUCUACAACUUUAAA